AUGGCAGGCAAGAAGAAAAAGAAGCCAGCAGCCAACCCAGCUAGAAGUGUUGCGACCACUUCUAUCGCGUCGAAAUCAAAAGUCGAGGUUCCUGAGGUCGAUUCUACCCCUCCAACAGAGGAACCAGAUCAUGUCGAGCUCCAACAAAACAACACUUCCGCGUCUACGAAUGCAGUGACGGGGGCUACUGGUGCGCCGCAGCAAGAGCUGACUCCCGAGGAGUUUGAACGACAGCUUGAAACCUCUGAACUUCAAAAUUUGGUAGAAAAGCAUGCUCAAAAGUCCAAGAGAGAUGCCCUCAGACAGAAAACUCGAUUAGAGACGGAUCGAAGGGUUCUACGCAGUCAAGCGGAGAGCCUCAAUACUAGGAAAUGGCUUCCACCAGAGCUCAUGGAUGAGAUUUUGGAUUUAGUUAUGGCCGAAGGUAGAUUCACAGGCGCAACAUCCGACAUUGCCAACCAAGCCAAACCUGUGUCCGAGGAGGACCUAACGAUACGACUGUGGACAUUACAACAGGCACUCGUUGGCGCGGGUUUCUUAGACGAAAAGGUUACACUGGCCAUGAAAUUUGUUUUGGAUAUAGCGGACAAGAUCAGUCUAGGGAAUAAGGAUGCAAUAUGGGGAAUGGAGGAGGCGUUGGACUGGCUUGCCCGGGCUUGCUCGAGGGAAGAGCUUCCAGAUUAUGAGCAUUCGCGCAGGCUUGGUGCCAUGGCUAAAUCACAGAAUGCAACCCCAAUAGAUAGUCCUUUGCCCUCUGGUGCAACAACCCCUCGCAUGGAAUCCGACACUAGACAUUUCGGUCAUACCCCAAUAAGUGGAAGUACUGUUACCUUAGCAGAGAAGAAGCGCUCCCCUAUGAAAAAGGUAGCUGCCAUAGAAUACGACAGUGACAUUGAACCUGAAGACUUCCUCAGAGAAUAUGUAAAUUGUAAGAAAAUUGUGUAUCUAUCACAACUGAAUAAGUCGACAAAGCGUCCUCUUCGGCCAAGCGGCCGCAAUGGUACCCAGCCACAAUCAGUGAAAGAGCCAGCCGAUCCAGAGACUGCAAAGGCACUUAGAAAAAUCAAGAAGAUUGAGAGCGAUGUUCUAUUUGACCCAUACCCAGCUCAUCUAGAGUGGGAGAAGGAGCGUAUACAGUUGGAGCGAGAUGCUGCAAGCCGGCGGCAAGCAGAACAGCUGAGGUCAGAAAGUGUUGAUUCUCAGGAGUCUGAGACCUUGGUAGAUUCGGAUGACGAGAUUAGCAAGGAAGCGAUCAGAAUAGGAGAGGCUUUGCUCGAAGAAACUGGCAGUGAUGAUGAUGCUGCUUUAGCAGAUCUAUUUGCCAGUCUUCCAGUCGACGAAGUCGACCCUCUUACUGGGAAGAGCAUCACAGUUGUGAAUGGUAGCGACGGGUCCAAAGUUACCGUUCGAGACUUCGGUAAAUGGACAGGUGUAAAUCCCACUAGAGUUCUCGAAGAAGCUUGCAGAGCAAGAGAUUCUUCUGCUCGACUGAGUUUCAAUCUCGUCUCCGAUACAGCUUAUGCCAAUCGCCAUGCACUUCGGAUCAAUUGGUCGAAGUCCCAAGAUGUUUCUGCAGCUUCACCACCACCACACAUUGAAUACACCGCAUCUCCUAAGUCGCAAACUUUGGCGAUGACGUCUAUAUCCACGCCAGACGCGAAGCAAUCUGAGGCGUAUGUUGCAACUGUGGCUUUGUUCUUGAUAUUCGGUUCUUCAACUCGAGAAGACAAGGUCUCGCUUCGGCUCCCAGCUACUUGGCGAGACUUAUGGGCCGAACUUGCUGAAGAGAAGAAAGAAAAGGCAGAUACCAUCGAUCGGGACAGCAUUCGCAAGAUCCGUGAUAUGGUACGUGAGAAGAAGGAUCAGGAGCUCGAAGAUGGCGUAUUAUUAAAAGGCGCUUUCAAAGGCCGCGGGCCAGCUCGUGUCGUUGAAAACGGUGAUGAUCAGUCCGGGGAAAAAGGCGCGAGGUCUACUUUGACACCUGAUGCCUACCAAAGAAUAUGGUUUGAAAAAUCCAAUACCCAAAGUUUCCAGUAUAUGCUUCAAUCCCGAAUGCAGCUUCCAAUGUGGGGUUUCAAAGAUAAAGUUCUUUCAACCAUUGAUCAACAGCAAGUGGUCAUUAUAUGCGGAGAGACGGGCUGCGGUAAAAGUACUCAAGUUCCUGCUUUCAUUUUGGAGCAUGAGCUAUCUAAGGGGAAGCCAUGCAAGAUUUAUUGUACAGAGCCUCGACGUAUCUCAGCUAUAUCACUAGCCAGGCGCGUGAGCGAAGAGUUAGGUGAGAGGAAAAAUGACCUUGGGACAGCCCGUUCCCUGAUCGGUUAUGCAAUCCGACUCGAAUCAAAUACAUCAAAGGAGACUCGGCUGGUGUACGCCACAACUGGUAUCGUGAUGCGUAUGUUGGAGGGAUCGAACGAUCUCAGAGACAUCACACAUAUUGUGCUUGAUGAAGUACAUGAACGUACAAUAGACAGUGACUUUUUGUUGAUUGUCCUGCGAAAGCUCAUGGUUAAAAGACCGGAUCUCAAAGUAGUGUUGAUGUCCGCUACAGUUGACGCAGAGCGGUUCUCGAAAUAUCUUGACGGCGCUCCGGUUCUCAAUGUGCCUGGAAGAACUUUCCCUGUGCAAAUAAAAUACCUCGAAGAUGCCGUAGAGCUGACAGGGUACUCUAUUGACAAUGGCCAGAAAGAGCAUCUCACGGAGCUUGACGAUGAGGUUGACACCGGAGAAGUUGCGCUUAGUGAAGCAGCAAAGGUUGAAAAUACCAAGUCGUUAAGAGGCUAUAAUUCGAAGACUCGGAAUACGAUUGCACAGUUCGAUGAGUAUAGAAUUGACUUCGAUUUAGUAACACAGUUACUGGCUAAGAUUGCCACGGACGAACGAUUUGGGAUGUACAGUAAAGCAAUUCUUGUCUUUCUGCCAGGUAUUGGCGAGAUUCGGCAGCUUAACGACAUGCUAGUGGGCCACCCAGUGUUCGCUGCAAACUGGCAGGUAUAUCCACUUCAUUCUACCAUAGCAAGCGAAGACCAGGAGGCCGCUUUUCUGGUUCCUCCACCUGGUGUGAGGAAGAUUGUUCUGGCUACCAACAUUGCCGAGACUGGUAUCACAAUUCCAGAUGUCACCUGUGUUGUUGACACUGGCAAACAUCGAGAAAUGAGGUUCGACGAGCGAAGACAACUUUCUAGGCUUCUUGAAACAUUCAUCAGUAAGGCCAACGCAAAGCAAAGACGAGGCCGAGCAGGAAGAGUUCAGGAGGGGUUGUGCUUCCACCUUUUCACAAAGUAUCGACAUGACCACUUAAUGGCGGACCAGCAAACUCCUGAGCUUCUUCGAUUGUCUCUUCAAGACUUGGCCAUUCGUGUCAAAAUCUGUAAGCUUGGUGGGGUGGAAGAAACUCUUAGUGAAGCUCUGGAUCCGCCUUUACCGAAGAACAUUCGUCGAGCAGUGGAUGCAUUGAUUGAUGUUCGAGCCCUUACUCCUGGUGAAGAGCUUACACCGCUAGGAAUACAGCUCGCGAGACUUCCACUCGAUGUGUUCUUAGGCAAGCUCAUUCUUCUAGGCAGCAUUUUCAAGUGUCUAGAUGCUGUCAUUACCAUUGCUGCAAUAUUAUCCUCAAAGUCACCAUUCGUUGCGCCUUUUGGGGCCAGAAACCAGGCGGACACUAUUCGCCAAUCAUAUCGUCGCGGUGAUUCCGAUCUUCUGACUGUCUACAACGCCUACCUCGCAUGGAAAAGGGUCUGUACCAGCAACGGAUCUGAGUAUCAGUUCUGUAGGAAGAAUUUCCUCAGUCAGCAAACGUUGUCAAAUAUUGAGGAUUUGAAAGGCCAGCUCAUUGUUUGCCUUGUUGACUCUGGAUUUCUACCUCUUACGGAAGCUGAGAGGUCUAUAUUGAAUAAAUCUCGCUAUAACACCCGGCGGAGACAAUUCUUUGACAUUCCCCAGCGCGCAAAUGUCAACAGCGACAAUGAUGUCAUCACCACGUCUGUUAUCGGCUGGAGCUUCUAUCCUAAGCUUCUCGUUCGUGAUGGGAAAGGAUUCAGGAAUUGCGCCAACAACCAAAAUAUCAGCCUCCAUCCCUCCUCUGUCAACAAAGGUCAUCACGAACUAAAAUGGCUGUCGUAUUAUCAUAUCAUGCAAGCUAAGCAAUUCUACAAUGCCCACGAAACAACAUCCAUAGAAGAAUUCUCCAUCGCCCUCCUCUGCGGUGACAUGUACGCAGGAGUUUUCAUUCUCGACGGCAAUCGUGCCCGCUUCGCCGUCUCUGACUGGAAAACCAUGCUCGUCAUCAAAACACUCCGUUCCAAACUUCGCGAUAUCAUGACGAAAUCCUUCAAGAACCCAGGAAAACCACUCACUGGACAGCAAAUGCGGUGGAUGGAGGUCUGGCAGAAGAUUUAUACUUUGAAGAGGGAGGGGGAGGACAGGGAGUUGCAUAAAUAG